AUGGGCUCCGCAGAAGCAGCAUUUCGGAAAUGCUGGAAAUGCUGGAUGAACCAGGCAAAAGACAAACCGCUAAUAUCUCCCGACUCGUCUGAUGAGGACAAUAUCGCGUAUCCGACCAAGGUGGAACUGGAGACUCUUCCCCGCGUGGCCGACAAAAUCCCCUGGCGCGUCUACACGGUCGCCUUUGUGGAACUGUGCGAACGGUUCUCGUACUACGGCACGCAGAUCCUGUUCCAGAAUUUCGUCCAGCGAAGACUGCUCACCCCGACCGGGCGAGCCCCCAACCCAGGCGGAGAUACAGACAACAACCCCGGUGCGCUGGGUCAGGGCCAGCAGAUGGCUACUGGGCUGGGUACUUUCUUCUCCUUUUGGUGUUACGUGACGCCUCUGCUGGGAGCAUGGUUGGCGGACACCUAUCUUGGAAGAUACAAGAUGAUCAUAAUGGCGAUUGGCAUCGCCGUCAUCGGCCACGUUCUUCUCACCAUCAGUGCCUUGCCUUCUGUGCUAGCACACACCGACACGGCCCUCGUUGCUUUCAUUAUCGCCCUCGUCGUCUUCGGCCUCGGGACAGGAGGCUUCAAACCGAACAUUUCACCUCUGAUUGCCGAGCAGAUUGUGUCGGAGAAGCUGCGCGUUUCGAUCGACGCUAAGAGCGGAGAGCGCGUGAUUAUCGAUCCCGCUCAGACGUCGGCCAGGAUAUACAACUGGUUCUACCUGUUCAUCAACAUUGGCGCCCUGAUAGGCCAGAUUUCCAUGUCCUACGCGGCGUUGUAUGUCGGGUACUAUCUGGCAUUUUUGCUACCCACGCUGAUGUUCCUGCUCUGCCCCGUCAUCCUCGUCCUCAACAAGAAGAAUUACCGCCUCACCCCGCCGCAGGGCUCCGUGCUGGGCCCCACCGUCAAGACACUCCUCUACGCCCUCCGGCCAUAUUGGUCCUGGAACCCUUUUAGAGUAAUCCGCAAUGUCCGCAAGACAACCACGUUCUGGACCGCUUUAGAGCCAUCCCGGAUCCCACCCCACAAGCGGCCCUCAUGGAUGACAUUCGACGACGCGUGGGUUUCCGAGUUGCGUCGCGGCGUGAAAGCGUGCUCCGUCCUGCUCUGGUUUCCUCUCUACUGGCUCACUUACAAUCAGAUGAAUAAUAAUCUGACAUCGCAAGCGGACACAAUGAGGCACGCCGGUGUUCCUCCGGAGAUUGUCUCGAACCUGGACCCGCUGACCCUGAUCAUUCUGAUUCCCAUCUGCGACCUGGUCAUCUACCCGGCGCUCACCAAACGGUGGGGCGUGAAACUGACACCGAUAAAGAAAAUCACGCUGGGAUUCUGGUUCGGCGCCGCGGCCAUGGCGUACGCGGCGGUUUUGCAACAUUACAUCUACACGCACAACGAGUGCGGAUAUUAUCCCUCUGAAGGCCAACAAGACCUAAUUGAGGGAACCGACAGCGUUGUUGGCGGCGGCGGCACAAGAGACUGCCCCCCAGCGACCAUCUCCAUCAUCUACCAAGCCCCGAUCUACCUCCUCGUCGCGAUAAGCGAGAUCCUCGCCAGCAUCACGUCGAUCGAGUACGCCUUCACAAAGGCGCCCCGGAACAUGCGCUCCAUGGUGCAGGCGUUUUCGCUGUGCAUGUCCGCCGUGGCGAACCUCAUCGGCGAGUCCUUCCUGUGGCUCGCCCGCGACCCGUACCUGGUGUGGAAUUUCGGGGUCAUGGGCGCCGUGGCGUUCGUCGCCGGCGGGAUGUUCUGGUGGUUCAAUAGAGAGUUGGAUCAGGAGGAGGACGCGAUGAAUCAGUUGCCCCAAGGCAGGAUGCGGGACGGAAUAAAUGGGGGUAGAAGGGAAGGAGAUGAGGGAGCAGAGGUAGAGGAUGGACAAGUGUCCAAGCGUGAGACUGGGAGUGCUGCCUCAGGUUCUGGUUCUGGUCGUGGCAUGGAUACGAGCUGGAGUGAUCUGGCUGAUGCCGACAACGGAUCCCACGAGAGUCUGCUGGGCGGCAAGGCUCCGUGA